UUUGUGAGCGGGCCAUGUACCUUUGUCCCGGGUUGGUGUUCAGACGAUUUGAAAGAGAACAUCCGAACACACACAGACAUCCAACAGGAGCGAGUGAAGCACUUACAAUCAGCUCAAAGCUUCUACAUGGAUAUAGCCAAUAGAGUUGUAUCAAGAAAUAUUGUGUGUAAUGUCUACGCGUGUUCUAUGGACCAAACUGGGAUGUUAGAAAUGUCGAGUGUAGUACAAAAGACGAAUGGAUAUCUCACAAUGCAUGAAGACUAUGCCCAUGAGACAGUUAGUGACACAUUGGGUCGUAUAUUGAAAGGAGACGAAAUACUGAAUACGAAGUAUUGUUUCUCUAUGGCAGUGAAGUGUAGUCGCGAGAUUAAAGUGAAGUCUUGUGUUGGUAAUGUGAACGCGAUAGCAUCCAAAGAAACAUAUGCCAAUUUAUUAACACUACCCGAGGAAUUUGGAGUAUCAGGGAGUUCGUUUACGACAUCAGGAAUCGAUCAACACAGUUCGUUCUGUUUGUUGUUUGAGGUAGUGAACCCCGACACGAACCCACUUCCAGUUGGUCGCCAGGGUAUUGUUCAGAUCAUAACAAGCUAUAAAGACACUGUAGGAAGGACUUAUACUCGAGUUACUACCAUAUGCAGACUCUUCUCUAAUUUGUCACAAGAAGGGCUGUCAAAGAUAUCUGCCGGUUUUGAUCAAGAGACGGCCGCUGUUGUCUUAGCGCGGUGCGCGAGUUAUAAGGCGGAUGCUGAGAGUGGACGUGACGCGAUGAGAUGGUUGGAUAGAGCACUUUUGAGGACGUGUAACAAGUUUGGCCAGUUUAGAAAAGAUGAGCCCGCGUCAUUUACUUUAGGUCCGAAUUUCUCGAUAUUGCCCCAGUUCAUGUAUCACUUGAGAAGAAGCCACUUCUUACAAGUCUUUAAUUGCUCCCCGGAUGAAACAAGAACAUUCAGAUGUGCUUUAAUGAGAGAGAAUGUAGUUAAUUCCCUUACUAUGAUCCAACCCACGUUGGACUGUUACAAAGUCGGACAAGAAGCAAAUCCCGUUUUACUCUCAAUGCAAUCAGUUGAAUCAGACUCGAUCUUAUUACUCGACACAUUCUUCUACUUGGUCGUUUUCAGAGGAGAAGCAGUUGUCGACUGGAUGAAACAGAAAUUGGAAGAAAAGGAGGAGUACGCCGGACUCAAAUUGUUCUAUCAGAAGCCAGAGGACGACGCACACGAGUUGGCUAAAGACCGAAUCCCAGCCCCAAGAAUUUAUGUGUGCAAUAGAUACUCCGGAAAUCAACGUUUCUUGAUGACAGUCUUGGACCCAGCAGUGACACCAGGAGCAAGUCAAAAGGAUAUUAUUGUCACAGAAGAUGUCACCUUGGCAGUCUUUUUACAGCAUUUGCGUCGUUUGUCUGUUAAAGGUGGGAUUUAA